AUGCCCUUACUAUGUCGACCAUGGGCGUGCAUCUUUCUGUGUCUUGGGAUUCGGGGCGAACGAGUUCGGGAGAUGUGGCAGAAAUUGCCACAUUGCGAGAGUGGAGUCGUACACCUUGACGGCAACUACAGGACCGGCGCCAUCGAGUUCCCGGAGAACUGCACAUUCAGCGGCAAGCCGGGGACGCAGGUGGCGAUGUUGGGCAAGCUUCACUUCCUGCAAAGCCUGCGCCUGCAGGGCUCCAUCAUCUUCCGCAAGCUGCCAGGCGCUGACCACCGGUGUUUGGACGUGGAGGGCUCUGUGGACUUUGUUGACCCGGAGAUUGAAUUCGUGGAUUGCGGAGGCCACCAGGUAGAUGAUGGAGGUGCCUUGUAUGUGGAGAAGUUGCUGACCAUCAACGGUGGAAACGUCACCUUUCGGAAUGGAACCGCGACCUACGGGGGCUGCCUGUUUGUGGGCGACAACUUUUCCAUGCGCGGCGGCUGGAUGUCCUUUCAGGGCUGCAGCGCGGACUAUGGAGGUUCGCUCUACGUGCUGAGAGGUCACAUCUAUCAGUCUGGCGGGCGCCUUCAAGUGAAGAACUCACGUGCAAGUUUCGAGGGGGGCGCCUUGGCAUGA